UUUCUGUCAUGUUCUUCCGGAAUUCCCCAAGCCUGCUGCUCACGAAGCUUCCCGAGCGCAACGAGCCUGGCCUAACAAACGCACAGACGCUGCUGGCGGAGAAUAAGCAGCUGCACGCAUCGGGGAAGGGCCAGGACCAGGUGCAAACGCGCGCGACUGCGCUCAUCGCGCCUUCAGGAGGCGGGAAGUCCCGCACGGCGCUCGAGGCAUCCUGCCACGAGUACAGCUUUUACCUGAGCUUCUCCACAGAGAAAGAGCCCGGCACGAGCAUCCUGCGGGAGGCAAUGCACCGAUUGGAGCAGAAGUUUGCUGACACGUAUGAGGAGAUUCGGGGUGAUGCUUCUCGCCUGCGCCAGUUUCGGAGCCGCCGCCUUCUUGACAUGAGGAAAUUCAUUUCACGCAUCCUGCUGGCCUUUGCAUUGGGCCUGCGCGAGUACCUGAGGCAGCACAGAGACCGCGCCAGCCCCAAGGGCUUCCUCUUGUUCCAGCUCAUCGGCAUCAGUGCACAGGAGGACUGGCCGCGGAAGACUUGGGGUUGCCUGCUAAGCCUGUCAGGGGAGGCGGUGGAGCUGAAGCUGCAAGCGACGUUGGAGGAGCUGCGAAGGCUAACCAAUCAGGACUUCUUCAACACCUUCCUGGACGAGGCGCAAGCGGGGAUGCGGAGAAUGGACGGGUACUUCCCAAGCCGUGACGAGUCGGAGGGGCGCCCGCUGCUGAACGGCUUGGUUCGGAGCCUGUACCAUAGCAUCUUCGCGCACUUCCACUUCAACCUGACUGGGGGUCCUUCUAGAAGCAAGAAGAUGCUUCUGCGGCUGGACAUCCUCGGGCUGAUUGCCCACCUACAACGGACUGUGUGGACAGUGGCGCAGCGCGCCAGAAUCCGAGUGGAUGGCCGAGACGGCCACACCGCCGCAGCAGGAGCCAGCAGCCUUGCUGUUUAA